AUGUCUGCUGAAAAGGAUGACUUACAGUCUUGUUCUGGUGGUCACAAGAGCAUCUACGAGCGGCAGCUUGCUUGGCAGCGCCGCAAAGAAGACGCGAUUGAGAGCAAGCGACUGGAGCUGGAGAAGGAGAAGGAAAUUGACUGCACCUUUCGCCCCAUGACCAGCCAAAGGACGGAGUCCUUCCUCGGUGAGCUGGGAGGCCUGUCCAGCUCGAGGGUUCUGGAGGAGGAGCGAGUGGUGAACAGGCUGUACGAUCACGGAGUAGAACAGAAGAGGCAGCUACAGGCUCAGCUCAGGGAGCGACUGAAUAAGGAGAUAGAAAAGAUCUGUACUUUCAAGCCGCAGGUGAACCCGUCAGGGAAGAGAGACCCUACACCCGUGAGAAGCAGGUACAUGGACAUAACCCCGCGAAAGAAUGUCAGCAUGGAGGAGAGUCACUUGAUGCGAGAGGAGAAGGAGCUGCUUGAAUGCACCUUCAAGCCUCGCGUGAACAAGCCAUCCAACGAAAUGCAGGUUGCCAAGGAGUAUCUUUCUGAGCCAGCAUGGCUUCGGCUAAGUGUCAGUCGUCCUCGCCCUGUCUCGCCUCAGGUCUCAACUGAAAGCUCAACAAACAUGAGUAGCAACAAGAAGGAGAAACCUCGACCAGCUAGUGCUCCAAAGUCACGACCCAACACGAGCGUGAGCAGCGAAUCGUCCUUCGACGCAUUCUUGGAGCGGCAGGAGCAGUUUGUGAGGAGGAUGGAGUUUCACAUGGCGCAGAAGAGGCAGCAGUCGCUUCCCACGCAUCCGCGCUCGCUGCUGUCGGAGAGGUCCAAGCGGCUCAUCGACAAGAAGGUCAAGAAGGACCCGAAGAUGGCGGGGAGCUUCCUCGAUCGGUUGGAAGCGAUGAUAGACAGGAGGGAGCAGACGCGGAGGGAACAGCAGGAGAAAGCAGAUGGGGAGCACAGCUUCAAGCCCAAGAUCAACCGAGCUAGUCGAGAGCUGCGAGGAAGGUCGUGGCACGAGAUGAGCUACGGGGAUAUGACAAGGCAGGGAGAAGCCCAGCUUACCGUGAAGAGAGACGUGGAGUACCGUAACACCUCGCUCUACACCUACAAACCCCAGCUCAACGCGGUCCCUGGGGUGGAGAGUCGACUCAAGAUCAGCUCUGACCCCCACAAUUACCUCGCUCGCGUAGAGCACGAGCAGCGUCGAGCCCAGCAGGAGCAGAGCAGAACCGCACAGGAGCUGCGAGAGAAGGAGCUGGAGGAGUGCACGUUCCAACCGCUAAUCCAUGAAGCGCCUGAGUUUGUCAAGAGGAUCGCACAAACUCACAAGAGGAAGAAGAUGGUUGAGGCGAUGAGGAAGCAGGCUUCGAUAGAGAACGUGCAUCCUGACUGGAACAGCUCGGUGGCUGUGGAGGAGAAGAAAGCAGAGCUAGCGAAUGUUAUUGAAUGUGAUUAA